AUGUGGUUUCGAACAGAGUCCGGCAGGCAAAUUAAAGGAAAUACAAUAACUAAUCUACGUAAAUUAGCAAAACCUCCCGAAGCUAUAAUGAUUGUACUUGAUAUGGCAUUAAUAUUAAUGAAACGACGUAUUGAUCCAAUACGAAUUGAUUAUAAUCUUGAUGAACCUUUUUAUGUACCAUCAAAAACAGAAAUUUUAAGACUUCUUAAUUUUUCCGGAUUAUUAUCAACAUUAUUAACAAUACAUAAGAUUCAAUCUUAUCAUGCAAUUAAUAAAGAAGUUAUUCCAAUAAAAGAUAAAGUACAAAAAGCAGAAAAUUCACUUCGAAAAGCUUCAAGAAAAUUAGCUCGAGCUGAACGAGAACUUGAAAGAACUGAAAUUGGUUUAGCUAAAUGUCAACAUGAUUUUGAUGCAGCUAUGCAAACAAAACAAACAUAUCAAUCAGAUUAUGAUGCUUUACUUAAACGACGUGAUGAUGCAAAUACAUUAAUAUCAGGAUUAACAGGUGAAAAAAUUCGAUGGAAUGAACAAAAUAAAGUAUUUGAACAGAGUAUUGAAAAAUUAAUUGGAAAUACUAUUAUUGUAACAGCUUUUCUAUCAUAUUGUGGUCCAUUUAAUCAAGAUUUUCGACAACGUAUGAUAAAUGAAUGGCAAAAACAAAUACAACAAAGAACUAUUCCAUUUUCGGAUAAUUUUGAUAUUAUCGAACAAUUAAAUGAUGAAGCAACAAUCGGUGAAUGGAAUUUACAAGGUUUACCUAAUGAUGAUCUAUCGAUUCAAAAUGGUAUUAUAGCAACAUCGAACUAUCGUUAUCCACUUCUAAUCGAUCCGCAAUUACAAGGAAAAUCAUGGAUAAAAAACAUGGAACGUGAUAAUGAUAUAUUAAUAACAACAUUUAAUUCAAAAAUGUUUCGACAACAACUUGAAGAUUCAAUUUCACUUGGACGUCCAUUAUUAAUUGAAGAUGUUGAUGAAGAAUUAGAUCCAAUUUUAGAUCAUAUCUUAGAAAAACACUAUGUGAAAAUAGGUCUUACUCUACGAGUUAAAGUUGGUGAUCGUGAAGUGGAUGUUAAUCAUACAUUUCGUUUAUAUAUAACAACAAAAUUAGCUAAUCCAACUUAUUCACCCGAAAUAUGUGCACGAGUAUCAGUAAUUGAUUUUACUGUAACACAACGUGGAUUAGAAGAUCAAUUACUUAGUCUUGUUAUUGCUAAUGAACGUGCUGAACUUGAACGUGAACGUGUAACAUUAGCACGUGAAACAACAAAAAAUAAACGAAUGUUAAAAGAACUUGAAGAAAAUUUAUUAAUUAAAUUAACAAGUAUUGAAGGUUCAGUACUUGAUGAUCCAUCUCUUGUUGAAGUACUUAAUGCAAAUAAACGAAUAGCUACGGAAGUUAAAGAAAAAGUUUCUAUUGCUGAAGAUACAAAAAUGAAAAUUAGUACAGCAAGAGAAGAAUAUCGACCUGUUGCUGUUCGAGGAUCGAUCAUUUAUUUUCUUAUGUCAGAAAUUGCAGUAUGUAUUCAGAUUUGCUUUUUUUUUAAUUAG